ACGAAUAUCAAUGGCAUGAAACAUGACAUAAAAAAAACUUCUGUAUAAUUUUAUGCGGUUGUAUUUUUUUUCCUGGCAACGUUAAGAAAAGAUCUAUCAUGGCCGUUUGUAGAACGGCGUCAUAAAUAGUAUCUGUUUAUUUGUGCGAAAUAGUGAUUUCUACUUAUUAUAGUGUUUUUCUGUGGCAAGCAUUGAUAUCAUGUGAUUAGUGAUAUAUUGUAAAGCUGCGAAUGUGCGAUAAUGUAUUGAGAAUCGUAUCGCUUUACGAUGUCAAACAAUACAGUUGGCUCAUCGGGGCCAGCUCCCGGCAAAAUACGUGGACCUGGAAGACCACCGAAACGCACCUGCACUUGGUGCGCUGAAAGUAAGACGCCUCUCAAGUACGUUUGGCCUACAGAAAACAGCAAAAAAGAGUUUUGUUCGGAAACGUGUCUAUCAGAAUUCAGGCAAGCGUAUAGCAAAGGUGCCUGCCUUCAUUGCGAUACGGUUAUUCGAGGAAAUGCUCCCUCGAACAGUAAGAACUUUUGUUCUACAUACUGUUUAAAUAAAUAUCAAAAGAAAAAUGAAAAACGGACGACCUCUCCUCAUUCCGGCAACGGAGCCAACGGCUCCGAAAAUCAUUCUAAUAACAACACAACUGGAACUUUCUAUGAUAUUUAUCAGACUUUUGAUUGGGUGGAAUAUAUGAAAGAGACCAAUAGUACGGCUGCGCCGCAGGAAUGUUUUAAACAAGCACCAGUUCCACCUGUUAAUGACUUUAAAAUCAAUAUGAAACUGGAGGCUCUGGAUCCGCGCAACUUGACAUCGACAUGUAUCGCGAGCGUAGUCGGCGUGCUCGGGCCGCGGCUGCGGCUACGGCUCGACGGCAGCGACAACAAGAAUGACUUCUGGCGGCUCGUAGACGCGGGUGACAUACACCCAAUUGGACAUUGUGAGAAAAAUGAAGGCAUGUUACAACCUCCCCUUGGUUUUCGAAUGAACGCAAGCAGCUGGCCAAUGUUUUUACUCAAAACACUCAAUGGGGCAGAGAUGGCCCCAGCAAAAGUGUUCCAACCUGAACCUCCAACUCCCAAGUCAAAUCUGUUUGUAGUUGGACAGAAGCUAGAAGCAGUAGAUAAAAAAAAUCCCCAGCUCAUUUGCUGUGCAACAAUUGGGGCUGUAAGAAAUGACCAGAUCCAUGUUAACUUUGAUGGCUGGAGGGGAGCAUUUGAUUACUGGUGUAAAUAUGAUUCUAGAGAUAUAUUCCCUGUUGGCUGGUGUGCCAGGGCUGGCCAUCCAUUGCAGCCACCAGGGCAGAAAAGUGCUACUACACCAUCCAGGUUUAAGUUCCGAACCAGUGGAAUACCAAAUCCAGCCUUACCAGAAGGUGGCUCCACUGGGGCUGGUAAUUCUACUACUAUCACAUCAACACCUGCGGCAACUGUGAGGUUGCAUAUCCGCAGUGGGUGCUCUGGGGGCAGCAGUUCCUUGCCCAGUGUGAUCUCAGGUUCCGGGCCUUCAGGGGCUGCAGAGGCUUUAGCUAAAGACUUGCUCAGUGUUCAUCCUGACCCUCAGAGGUUGACGCGGGCUAUACUUACAGCAUCUAGUAGCUAUUCAAAUAUAAAUAAUGUACAGGUUUCAACAGGGAGUAAGAAUUACACAGUAAAAGUGCCAUCAGAACUAACAACUGAUGACUUGAAGAAUUGGCUCAAAGCUGUGUGUGAGGGACUGAACUGUUGCUUGGGGAUGAUAGAGAUAGAUACAGGAGAUGCUGCGGGCCGGUCCUGCCAGUUGUGUGGGGAGUCCCCUUCAGAGAGUGUUUCUAUAGCUGUCAAGAGGACUACAAGUGAGUCGGGGUCGGGCCUGGCCCCGGCGGCGGGCGGCAGCGGCGGCAAGCUGGCGCGCGUGUCGGCGGAGCGCUCGGUGGGCGUGGGCGUGGCGUCGUCCACCACGGGCGCGGCGUCGUCCACCACGGGCGCGGCGUCGUCCACCACGGGCGCGCCGCCCUCGCCGCCGGGCGCGCCGCCGCCGCCGGGCGCGGGCGCGGCGCCGGCCGACUGGUCGGUGGAGGACGUCAUCGGCUUCAUCGCCGCCGCCGACCCCGCGCUCGCCGCGCACGCCGACCUCUUCCGGAAACAUGAAAUCGAUGGAAAGGCGUUACUACUUCUCAAUUCAGACAUGAUGAUGAAGUACAUGGGUUUAAAGCUUGGUCCAGCUCUAAAAAUCUGUAAUUUAGUAUCAAAAAUAAAAAAUCGCCGGCAUUAUAGCACCUAGACUUACAAUAAGUCACUCUUAGAGUUUGAAACUAUGAGUUUCCUAAGUUUUAUUAGUAUUAAGUACUUACAUGCAUUUCAACUAUAAAUGCUUCGCCUAAGGUUUCAGUUUCACCUGAAUCUCAGCAUUUUGGAUUAUCUUGUGUAGAUGUAAAAGACAUUGCUGCUACGAGAUUAUAGUGACAGGAAUAUAAAUUACGCUUGUUUAAUUGAGCUACUGUUUCACAUAUCCAGCCGCUAAUGAUGUUACACAUAAAGGAAGAUUUGAUGAACUGUAAAGGCCUCAUCACACAAUAACAAUGAUAGGUUAUUCUUAGCUUCUUUGCUGUAGAUUAAAAACACAGAUUUAGGAUUAACAAUCUCCAGUCAAAAAGUGUGUACAGGUCUUUGCCCAUAGAUAGUUAUUUUAUGGAUGAAAACAUUAUAAUGAAUAUAAUGAAUUACUUUAAAAAUUCUAUCAUUGGAUAAUUUACAUUUAUUUUGUGAAUUUAUCUAUUUAGUCAUGUAUAUAAAUGAGUUAAAUUAAAUGCAUUUAAUGUAGUUAGUACUCAUCUUGCAUAAUCAAAAGAUGUAUUGCAAUAUUUAAUAUUUCUGACUAUUAGGUACUUGAAAUUGUAUAUACUAACUGUUAUGUUAUAUUGGCUAGUCGAGCGUAUGCUAUUUGCCAGAAUUUCAUGCAGAUUCUCAAACUCCUUAAAUACAGUGUACAGAAAUUUUAUUGUAGAUUAGGGUCUUAGUGCCUUUCACCAUUUAGGUGUGUUUAAAGAUAUCCGCAAUGUUAACGAUGGAAUUAAAGACAUGUAAGCGCUCAAGGACACCAAUAAAUGUAGCUGUGAUUUAAUAAUACAAAAAUACAGAAUUUUUCAAUAUUCUUAUUGUGUCAAAUGAUACGCUUCCAAUGUUGAUCUAGCGCCCAGUUGUACUGUAUUACUUUAUGUUCCUUCCCGAUAUCAUAACUAGAAUAUAAAUGACAUAAUAGUAUUUUAAUUGUAAACUGUCAUAAACCACACUGAGUACACUUGCACUAUUUAACUAGUACAGUUUUAUAAAGUUCCGCGUCGCGGUCGCGAAAAGGUCACCCUGAAAGUUCGAAACUUGACACUGUAGUAGUGAAAUAGUAAAAGUAAAUACCUAUCUAAAGCUAUGCUGUAUAUAUCUAUGAUAUUUAAUUAUAAUUUGCCAUUUUGAAGUUGUAAUUAACAUUAAUAUUUAAAUAUUUCACCAUGUGAUAUUUCCAUGUUAUCUGUUAUCGUGAUAAAUGAUUAAUAAUAUUAGAAUAUGUUGAUUUAUUCAUUACGUGAUGUAUACUUUUUAAGUUUUGUCAUGACAUGAUAACUACUAAGCGCGAAAAUUUAUAUAUAAAGCCUGUACUGUUGUUGUAUAUAUAUAUUUGGUAAUAUAGUGUUAUUUUCCCCGUGUAUUGAAGGUGUAUUUCCAUUAUUAUACUUUUUAAUGGGCAACUGAAAGUAUAUGUUUGUGAUAUCCGCGUGAUGUGUCGACUGAGUAAACGUCCUAUUUGGUUUACAAAGCUCAUCAUACCAUAAUGUAGGUAACUAGAAAAGCAAUAAUAUUAUCCAUAUAACUCAAGGUUUUGGGUGUUUGCCUACGAUUGUGUGUAUAUAUUAGGACUCCAUGUAAAACCAUAGAAAUUGAUGAAAUCUCGAGGCAAAUUCUUUUACAUAUUUUAUUACAAUAGAAACUAAAUUUAUUUUAUGUACAUAAGCGAAUUAAAAACAACAUUGUAUAAAUAAAUAAAUCUAAAGUGCGA